AUGACCGCCUCCGUCCUGUGCCCCGGUCUCCAAACCGUCCCGGAAAUCCCGACCGCUAUUUCCCUCCCCGUCACGGGCACGCUGCCCCCUUACCUGCACACCAGCACUCUCUACCGGAACGGCCCAGGCCGCUUCGACCUCUCGCACGCGGACGGCAAGCCGCAGGCUAUCACCCACUGGUUCGAUGGCUACUCUCUGCUGCACGCCUUCGCCAUUCACGCGGAGACCAACACCGUUACUUACCGCUCGCGCUUCACUUCGCUGCCCUCCCAGCGCGCCGCCGCCGCCCUGCCCAAGUCCAAGUACGUCCAGUACACCUUCGGCCCCGCCGACCCGUGCCGCUCGCUCCUCGGCAAGUUCAUGCAGCUGUGGACCACCGACUCGGCCGACCCGCUCACCGACAAGCCUGCUACCAACAUCAACGUCACGGUUCAGUCCGUCCCCACCAAGGGCCCGGUCAUCUUGCGCACCGACGCCAACGUCAACGCCGUCGUCGACCCGGACACGCUCGAGCUCCACCAGUUCUUCUCCUUCACAGACAUCAACCCGGCCCUCAAGGGCCCGUUCAGCUCCGCGCACGGCCACUUCGACCACGACAAGCACGAGUUCCUUAACUUUACCUUCGACAUGACCGGCCCCGGCGACGUCACGUACAACGUCUUCUCUGUCGACAAGGUCGGCUCGGCCGACGUCCUCGCGUCGAUCCGCGCCCCCCCGGCCUACCUGCACAGCUUCGCCACCACCGAGAACUACUUGGUCCUCAUCGUCUGGCCGCUGCACAUACACCCGCUCAAGUUCCUGUGGAACAAGUCCUUCAUGGACGGCAUGCGCUUCCACAAGGACAAGCCCGCCCGCUUCUUCGUCGUCUCGCGCGCGCAGAAGCGCUUCGUUGCAGAGUAUAACGCGCCCGCCUUCUAUUGCUUCCACACCAUCAACGCCUUUGAGCGCGACGACGCCAUCCACAUCGACUUGUGCAAGUACGACGACGCCGAAGUCCUCAACGACUUCCUCCUCGACCAUCUCCGCAACGCAUCCAGAUUCUCCCCAUCCUCUGUCGUCCGCUUCUCGCUCCCGCACCUCGCCGCCGCCCUCGCCGGGGACGUCGCCACCGUCCACCCCGUCACGGAAACACUGCUCAACGGCAGCUCGCUAGAGCUUCCGCGCAUCCACCCGAGCCUCUUGCGCAAGGACUACCGCUUCGUGUACGGCGUGUCCAACCGCGAUGGCGACACCUCCCCGUUUGGCGCCGUCGCCAAGGUCGACGUCGUCUCGGGAGAGCGCAAAGUCUGGACCAAGGACAACUGCGUUGCGGGAGAGCCCAUAUUCGUCCCCGACCCGCAGGGGACGCGCGAGGAUGACGGCGUCUUGCUCGUUGUCGUCCUCGAUUCGCUCAAGGAGACAUCGGCUCUCGUCGUGCUGGAUGCUCACCAGAUGACCGAGGUGGCUACCGCGACAGUGCCGCAGGCCGUGCCCCUCGGGUUUCAUGGCAAGUUUCAUCCGAAUGGGCAUUGAGAAAGGAUGAGGCUGCUUGGGGUGGGCGCAGGCGGGUUGAGGGUACGCAUGUGUGAGAUGAGGGUUGGCUUAUCUUGGUCUAUCACUCUGUGUACAAUUGGGAGACUACAUGCAUGUACGAAGGUACUGUACCCUUGGUACUGCAGUUGUAAAAGAGCAUCUGUUUGAUCAAAUGGUUGCCUUCUCGUGAAUCCCCUAAUCACAUACAUGCGGGCAAGGUAGAAGAGCUUACCUCCUUGUGGCUAGGGCAGGAUUCUGAGUUGCGCUAUCCCUGUGCUCCUUUUUUGUGACGGCUAUUUUUUGCCCAAGUCGGGUUAUUUUCCUCCUGCUUCGGUCUUGUUGAGCGCUACGUCCCGAGAGUAGGUUCGUUGAACGCAGAAUUGUGUUGUCGUUAAGAAGAUAUACGUUUUGUCUCCAGGAGACCCGUACUUUUCGAGCAGUGUCCUCCCGAAAAGUGUGGGGUGGUCCUAUUUUGUGAUCGGGGCAUAAACUUCACAAAAUGCACACAAA